AUGUUUAAAGAGGCUCGAAGAGAAGGUAAGAGGCCUGAUUGGAUUAGAGAUUCUAUUUGGAACAGUUUGUUGGAGAAAUGGAACAUGCCUAUGUAUCGAGAGAAAUGUGAUACAGCUAAGAAAAAUCGAUUAUUUGAAAAAGGUGGGAGUUUGCACACGGGGGGAUCUAUCAGCGUGCAUGACCAUGCUAUUCAUUUGACAGAGGAGCUUGGUCGUGCAGUCCAUGUUGAUGAAAUCUUUGAACAAACGCACAUACGAAAGGCUACAGGGGAUUUUGUCGAUGAGAGAUCUAGGCGGACACAUACACAAGCAUCUUCUAGUCAGCAAGUAAAUCCAGAGCAGAUUAUUCAACUUCAAACACGACUAGCAACUAGUGAAGAGCGCAUUCAUCAAAUGAGUUCCCAAUUUCAAACCCAAUUUGAUACGAUACAAAAUUUUAUUGGUGCAAUCAUCCAGUAUUUGCCGCCUUCAGCAGCAGCGAUUGCACAAACUAUUUUCCAACAGCCAAAUAUUGUGCAAGGGAAUCAGGCUGAACAAGAGAAUCAAGUGCAGCAUCAACAAGUGGAACAAGAUCAAGAAGAAGCCCAUAUUUCACCUCGUCCUUAUCGUGAUUAUUAG